ACACAUGCAAAGGAGCGUCGUGCCAGGUUCAUUUUACUUUGCUUAAUUGAGCCAUCAUUUGUUCGCGAAUUACCUGACAAUAUUAGGAGCGCAAGAGACAUAUGGAAUCAUUUUGCUUUUCGUUUUCGAAGGCGAAGAAGUGCAUCAUGCUCACAUACACCGUAAAAUUACUUUCGCCUAAUUAAUAUGCUCUAACUUUGCCAUAUACUUUUCGAUAUUGGCAUAUUGCUUAUAACAAAAAAAAUUUUAAAGUUCAAGUUACGUUAUCAUUUGAAAUCCGUUAGUAUUAUUAUUUUUAUUUUUUUUUUUUUGAUACAUGAUGAAACAAAGCGAUAAUGAUGGGGAAGUCGUUGUUGUAUAAUUGUUGUUAUUCCCAAACUAAUAUUCCUCUGCAAUGAUAAGGUAGGGUAGGUAGGUUGGUUCUUAAUUUUCGUUUGUUUAAAAACUUUUAUAGUUCAUUAUGUGACUACUCGUUCGAAAAUUACAAAUUGUAUUUGUUGGAAAAUUACUUAUACUUGUAGACAGAUUUCACUUCUUGGUAUGAAAUUUAGUAAUGCGAAUAAAGCAAAGUAUUCUAUCCUAAUGCUAUUGAUACAUCUAUCCUCUAUCCUCAUGUAUAGUUUAGUGUCAAUCAAAGAGAUUGCAAACUUAUACAAUAUUAGGUUAAUAGGCGCUAAAAAAAGAUCUAAGGCGAUAUUAUA